AAAGUUGCUAAUGCUGAAGAUAUUAAUGAAUUAUUAUGUUUCUUUUAUCACAGUACCAAUCAUGUUAGAUGAAGCUUUUGAAUAUCUAGAAGAAAGAAAAGUAAGAAAACCUGAUCAGCAAUAUGUUUUAUUUCAAUAAAUAUAGGGAUACGACUACCCCAAUAAUAUAAGCAGAACUUCGGUGUGGCGUAUUGUUCAGGUACAGUUGUAUCCCUAUUAAUCCGCAGUUUUCUUAUUAUCGUCCCUGCGUAUACCUACACGGGCAGAGACCGUUUGAGAUUAACGGCUUAUUGACCUCGCUUGUUCGGUCUGUGCUGUGAAAUAUCAGACCGAGGUUUUUUAGUAUGGACCGAGCGACAAAGGAGCGAGGUCCAUGCAAAAAACUGAUUCUGUGAGCAUAUGCUUUUCGCGCGAAUUAAAUCGGCUAUCGUCCGUUUCACUGGGUAACAAUAUACGGUAGGCAUGCAUGCUCAAUCAAAAACAAUUUGGUUGUUUGACAUUUUUAUCUGUAAAUUUUAAUGACACGCAAUUGGAAAAUUAAAAAGCAAAAAUUUUUUCUGUUUGCAAAGCAAAAGUUUCCCGCCAGAUAAACGACAUCCGGGACACCGGGCCAGAUACAGAAAAUACGGUCCACGGUCCGGAUAUGGGUUUUUACGGACCGCCCGCCAACCAAUCAGAAUAGAGAAUUUUGAAAAGCCAUAUAAUAAUAUUUCUUAAAUCAAUAAAUGUUAAAAAUGUUGUGAUUGCCAUUGAAUGGCAGUGAAAUGUAUAAUACACAAGAACGGUCUGUGCCAACGUGCGUAGUGACAAUAACAACAGAAAGCUGGGGAUUGCGAGGGAUACUAACUUCCCGAUGAAGGGCCUUCGUCGAGUAGUCCCUCGCAAUCCACAGCUUUGUGGUAUAAUAUACAAGUAUGCAUGAUAUUGUAAAUUGCAAUCACUAUAGAAAGGGCAAGCGAACCACAUGCUGCAUAAACACACACGUUUUUCUAACGGUUCGAGACGUUUUCUAACAUGGAAAGAUUUGUUAUUAUAGAACAUACUUUUUCUGCGUUGAGUCCAUAAAGACUGAGGUACAACUACAAAAGUUUGUAUUUUCUGUUUAGAAACGUGAACCAUCAUUUACGUAUGAGAUCAUUGUUGUUGAUGAUGGAAGUAAGGAUAGUACCACAAAGGUAUGUGCACAUGUUUUGCGUGUAUUUCUUGAGGCCACCACGUCCACUGACCAGGUCUGUCAAGGGUCCACGGCCCAGCUUGCUUAACGGAUAGUUUAUAUAACUUCAUUGAAGAGUUUCCAUGCAAAGAAUAAUUAUGUGUGACAACAUAAAUUAAUGUCAUUUAGCCUUGUGCCGAAAGUAUUCUCUUACUGUGUUAUACAUUUAGCGUAUAAUGGACAGUCAAAUAAUUAUGUACUGGCAAGUAUUGGCGUAUUGGGACGCAUUGCGAUAUAGUGGGUUCAUAGAUCGGCCAUUAUAUGAUAAAAGUUAUUUCCAAAAUAAAGACGAAGUAUAGGAUACUGCAGCAUAGUUCUAGGUAUGUUUUUCAAGCUAGAUAGCUCACGAAACUGCAGAGAUAAUAUGAGAACCAUUUCUGCCACAGGUUGCUCUGAAAUAUGUGGAGAAACAUGGAGUGGAGUUGAUCCGAGUAUUGACUCUGACUAAGAACAGAGGCAAAGGGGGAGCUGUUCGUAUGGUAAGAGUUUCAUCUUUAAUAAAUAUUUUACCACCACUGUAGCCUUGCACCUUCCCGCGUGACUGCAUUGGAUCGGUUUUGAACCUCAAGCGAACCGCGGGAGUACCGAGGGAGUGAAAUUUGUCAACUUGGUGUUAGUCCUAAAUUCAUAAAGUAACCUUACCCGUACUGGCAGUACAUGUAUCAUCGAUGUAAAUAUGUAGAACCUAGAGCCGCUCGAAGAGCAAAAAUGGUUCCAAUAAGGGCGGAUUUGCGAAUUGUGCUAAUGUUUCACUUUGAUGAUUAUCGUGUUCGUAGUGACGUAGUGGUUGUAUAGUAAAACUUUAUUUAAACAUGCUGAUCACGUCAACAUAACUGCUUUCCACAAGAGACGUGCAAAAAGAACAAAAAGCUAGCACUAGAAGUAAGCUGUUUACAGGGAUUUAGAAAAGAACUAACUAAAGCUACAUUGCCUAUUGGUCGAUUUACAACAUACGUUAUUUUAUUCUUACAUCAAUUAAGGUGUGAGUAGCAAUUCCAUUUUUAAAACAAGACGGAGAAAUUUGCUUUCCCUUAUUCCAUACGAUGCCCCAUCGGACAUGAAACUCUUUUUCAUAUUAUUUUUAUUUCUGUUUCAUAUUAUUUUUAUUUCUGUUUCAUACUUUUUAUGCGUUUUAUGUCAGGAUAAAUAUCGUAUUUUCUAGGGUAUGUUUAGUUCACGUGGUAAACAACUUCUCAUGGUCGAUGCUGAUGGAGCAACAAGAUUUUCAGAUCUAACAAAAGUACAGAAUGGUCUUCAUAAAAUUAUCAAUGGAAAGGUUUGUCUAAUAUUACUCAUAAAAUACAGGCGCUCGGGAUGUUGGGCAUCUCACUUGAUACAACUAACUGUUGUAGGGUUUUGUAGAUGAAAAUUUCGAGUGAAUGUUUAUACAUU